CUGGCAGAGCUGAAGCAGGAGUGCCUGGCCAGGGGGUUGGAAGCCAAGGGCAACAAGCAGGACCUGAUCAACCGUCUGCAGGCCUACCUGGAGGAGCACGCUGAGGAAGAAGCCAACGAGGAAGAUGUGCUUGGAGAGGAAAUAGAGGAGGAAGAGCCAAAGCCUCCAGAGCCUCCAGUCAAGGUGGAAGAGCCUCCAGUGAAGUCGCCUGAUGUGAUCACGGAGAAGAAGGUGGUGAAGAUAACCUCAGAGAUAUCCCAGAUGGAGCGGAUGCAGAAGAGAGCCGAGCGCUUCAACGUCCCAGUCAGCCUGGAGAGCAAGAAGGCAGCGCGGGCAGCUCGGUUUGGCUUGGCCACGGGUCCCACCAAAGGCCUCUCCACAGACGCCAAACCCACGGUAAACAUGGAUAAGCUAAAGGAAAGGGCUCAGAGGUUUGGGCUGAAUGUCUCCUCACUCUCCAAGAAG